CAGCUUCAUAUGGCUUCCUGUUAGCCCCACAUGCUGUGGUUAUGAGUGUAAAAUGUUAUUGGGCACUUUAAAAAAAAGAAGAGAGAGGGGCGAGAAAGAGGGAUGAGUGUGAGUGACAGUUCAUUAAAGAGAGAAAAAGAGAGAGGACCAGUAAGAGAGUGAUGUGCGAGCAGAAAGAAAGGGGGACAGAAGAGACAGAAACCUUCCAAAGAUGACAAUGUGUGUCCCCUCCGAGUCCUCCUGAUACCUCUACUGACCAAGACUCAUGAGUCAUACUGUGGAUUUAGUCUGGAUGGAGCUCUUCGUUCUACUGGCUCUGUUUUCACUGGAUGCGGCCAGCUCUCACAAUGUCUCUGAAGGACUCUCCUGCUUGAACGACAUGGUCAACAAUGUCAGCUGUACAUGGCGAGGCUCUCAGCUGGCUCCCAGAGUGGACUGCUGGAUUUCUGGUGUUAGAAUGAUUUCGAAUAAAAAGGGCAUGGAGAAAAGGAUAGAACGCUGCCAGUUAAAACAACACACCAACUCUCUUCCAGGCUGCAGUUUUGUCUUUGAAAAGCAAAUGUUCACCUGUUUUAUACCCAUGCCCUACAUCAGAAUGGAGUGUAAUGGCACACUGGUGGACAACUUCACAUACUAUGACCCAUGCAGUCACGUUAAAAUGCAUCCUCCAGGUUUUCCUAAUGUCAGCAGAUCCGCCAAUGAGACCAAGAUAUCAUGGAGUAAAGGAAGUCCUGUCUCUGUGCUCUUACUUGUCUUGAACUUUCAGGUUCAGAUCAAACAGAAACACCAGUCAUGGAAGGAGGCCAGAAUUUUCUCUACACAAAAUGAGGAGCUGAUAAUACUUGCCGGGCAACUAAAGGGGCACUGUCAAGCCAGAGUGAGAGUCCAACCCUCUGAAGACUACAUCAGCCUCUGGAGCGACUGGAGUCCAACAACGUCCUGGCUAGAAGCAACAGACAAGGAGGAAGCAUCACAGGAUCAAAAUCAACUUCAGAUAUCACUGGUGACGUGGGCAGUAACUGGCAGCUUGGUUCUCAUCCUGGUCGUAAUGCUGGUCCUUUACAGGUGUUGCUUUAGUAGAGGGCACCACAAAAAGAAGGCGGUACCAAACCCUUCGAAAUACUUUCACACACUCUACUCUGUCCACGGAGGCAAUCUUAAGGAAUGGAUGAAUCCUCUCCCCACCUCUGAGUCAUUCUUCACUGCCCAGCCCUGUGAAUAUGUCUCCCCAGUUGAGUUGUGUGAAAGUUUGUAUGUGCUCCCCUCCACCUCUCCGUCAUCUACCUUGACCUGUGCAUUGCUUCACAUCAAAGGCCACACUUCAGCUGGCUCCAACACCAGCGGGGUGAUUGAUAACUCCUCCUCCACGUCUUCCUCCUUCUUCUCCAACAUGGGCUACUUCAUGUCCAGCUCCCCCAGCAGCUCGGCUCCAACCGACCCUAGUCCUGCUUACUUCACCUAUCAGGAGGAUUUCCACAACCUGCACAACAGCCGCGCCCUCCACCUCUCCCUCUGCCCCUCCUUCAAAUUCACUCCAGCCUAUGAGAGCUUGAAGAGGGAGCCGCAGAGCCCGGACUCUGGAUUUGGCAUCGGGAAAGAAGACGAGAACAUCAUGGAAGAUGAAGAGUUUGAAGAUGUUAAAGGGGAAGAAUUGUCAGCUCAUCACCAAGGCCCUCCUCUUCUCCUUCUCCCUCUCCAUCCCCCUUUCCAGAUGUUCCCUUUCUCCGUCUCUCCUUCACACACUCCCAACGCUCCAAGUCUGACGCUGGCUACGGCUGAGAGCUCGCAGGUGGAUGAACCUGAGGAAGCUGCUGGUGAAAUCUAUGCAGCCUGGCCUUUGGCUGGUGCCAUGUGCAGGUCUUCCUCCAUGCCUGUGGAGCCCUGCAAAACAGGGUACCUGACCCUGAAAGAGCUUCAGACAACGUUCAGCAAUAAAUCCAUCUGAAAACACAACAAGUAUCUGGAAGAAUACUUCUGAAGUCACUUAAAUUGUUACCAGUUAAUAUCUCAAACAACCUGGCUUACGGUAUUCAUGAUCAAAGUGUGAGCAUUGGAAAACAAUUCAGAGGGUUCAGGGUUUAUUGGGUUUGUUUGUCACAAAUCAAAUACUUUUAUACUCUUUUUGAAUGGAGAGUAAGAGAAAAAAUUCAAAUUAAGUAAAGUUUUCAAAGCAAAAAUAUUAAAUCAAUCAAUCAAUCAAUCAAUCAAUCAAUCAAUCAAUCAAUCAAUCAAUCAAUCAAUCAAUCAAUCAAUCAAUCAAUCAAUCAGUCUUUAUUUAUAUAGCGCCCAAUCACAACAAACGUUAUCUCAAUACUCUUUUACAAACAGAGCAGGUCUAGAAUGUAUUCUAUGUUUUUCUAUAUUGAAAAAUAGUUACCAAAAACUUAUAGUGAGCCAUACUACCAUCCAUUUUUGAGUCAUGUUUCUAACUACUUAAUGAAUGUAAAUAAACACCCCGUCCACACACUGGGAUAUAUUUGAAAACAUCUCUUUUCCUCUGUUUUUUGGACUUACAUCCACAUGUAAGUAGAUUUUCAGGUCACUUAAAACUAAGGCUUGGGAAAUUAAUUCAAAGGUACAUUUAUUUUUUUUAAAACUCUGUUUUAUGGAAUUAAUGUGGAGUAAAAAUAAUAUUUUUCACAAAUUCAUCACUGCUUGCAUAAGGCAAUUGUUGUUUAUAUGUAUUGGGGAUGUGCCAAAAUGGCAGGCUAUAGUUUACGUGUGUUACUGUUAGGUACUGUUAGGUUUCUUUACAUGUUUACAAGGAAACCUCGAUGUUCAUCAUCCUACCCUGGCUCAACAGUUUUUUAUUCGUCACUCCAAACAUAGUUUAACCCUCCUGUUAUGUUACGGCUCAAAUCUACCCUUUUUAAAGUCUAUUUUAGGCAAUAUAUGCCUUCAAACCAGCUAAAUGCAGCAUACAAAUCUGGGCAGCAUGUGACAGAAGAGGAGUUGUGUGAAUUUAUCAACAUCACUUCAUAUAAAAAAAAUAAAAUGAUAGAAUUUAAAAUAACAUAAACACAAAUCUAUGUCGUAAAACUAUUGUAUUUAUAUUUAGGGCUUUUUAAUGCACAUUAAAAACGUUUUUACAUUAAUUUGAUUAACAAAUGAGUGAGUUAUCCUCAUUGUACCAUGAUCUGUGAGAAUUAAAGAACACCAAUUGACUAAAUCUGGAUUUAAAUAGUUAGUAAUGGAGUUAAAAAUUCGAGUCAAAAAAUGUGUAUUGGGUUUUUUUGUGCUGUGAUGCUUUUGGAUCAUUAAAUAUGCCCCGGGUCAAAUUGACCCAGGAACAUCAUUGCUGUUCCAGAGAAACGAACAUAACAGGAGGGUUAAAGAAGUCUGUUUUCAUUUUCUGCUCGCUCAAGAAGAAGCUCAAUACAAAAGUGUACAGUGUUUUUAUGUGGUGUUUGACACGACAGACAGUACACAUUAUCACCAUCUACUGGCCUGGCAUACUUAUGUAGGCGUUCUAACUAUUUCUACGUUGUUGUGUGGACAGAAAGACAUUUUAAACCACUUGUGGUGUGGACAGGAUUUUUUUUUAAAACAGAGAGAAAAAAAUAACUUAAAAAAAAGAAGUAUGUUUACUUGUAGACGUAGCCUGAUUGAAUCUCAUUUCUGCUCUGUUUUGGUUCCUACCUGCUCCUAAUGGAAACAUCUUGCUCUUAAGCUGCUAAAUCCUCCACUGCAUUAACCAGCUAAUCUCUAAAUUAAUGUAGUUUGUUGAAUGUUCACAGCUGUGGGACUUUCAAGUGUUUUCACUGUUUUUUUUUAAGUGUGAAUUUUAAUAUAUAUAUAUCUGUUUAUAUCAUUUUAUUUUAUUGAGUGUGCAAGGGUCUAAAUACAUUAGUACAUUCUGUGAUUCAAAGAAUUAGUCAUCUUAAUUCC